AUGAGCAAGGAUGCAAUUGUGGUGUUUGAUGAAGCGCACAACAUUGACAAUGUAUGCAUAGAGUCGCUCAGUAUUGACUUGACGCGGCCUGUUCUUGACAAUGCGUAUCGAUGCAUCAACCAGCUAGCCGAUAAGGUGGAUGAAGUGAAAAAGGUGGACGCAGCGAAACUGCAAGACGAAUAUCUUCGGCUGGUCGAAGGGCUGCAGCAGCAAAGCGAUGAUCGCGAAGCAGAGUCGUUCCUUGCCAAUCCCGUGCUGCCGGAUGAUCUUCUUCAGGAGGCAGUGCCCGGCAACAUUCGGCGGGCAGAACAUUUUGUGGCGUUUCUGCGCCGUUUUGUGGAAUACUUAAAGACACGUAUGCGUGUCUUGCAUGUGGUGGCCGAGACACCCGCCAGUUUCUUGCAACAUCUCAAAGAAAUUACGUUUAUCGAACGAAAGCCACUGCGGUUCUGUGCAGAGCGCCUCCGUAUGUUGGUGCAAACGCUAGAGCUUACGCGCGUUGACGAAUAUUCCGCGCUCCAGACCGUGGCCUUUUUCGCGACGUUAGUGUCAACCUAUGACAAGGGUUUUCUGCUAAUUCUGGAGCCAUUCGAGACAGAGCAAGCUACUGUGCCCAAUCCCAUUUUCCAUUUCACCUGCCUGGAUGCCAGUUUAGCUAUCGCUCCCGUGUUUGAGCGCUUUAGCAGCGUGAUUAUCACCAGUGGUACGAUUAGCCCCUUGGAUAUGUACCCGAAAAUGCUUCGCUUUGACACGGUUGUGCAAGAAAGCUAUACCAUGACCCUCACACGACAGUGUUUCUUGCCUCUCGUGAUUACACGAGGAAGCGAUCAGGUGGCAAUUAGUUCCCGGUUCGAAGUGCGCAAUGACCCGUCUGUGGUCCGCAAUUAUGGCAAUAUCCUCAUUGAAUAUUCGCGGUGUAUUCCGGAUGGUAUUGUCGCCUUCUUCCCAUCGUACCUUUAUAUGGAGAGCAUUGUGGCUGCAUGGCAUGACAUGGGUAUUCUGGAUGAGGUAUGGAAGCACAAGCUUGUGUUUAUCGAAACGCCGGAUGCUCCAGAGACAAGCAUUGCUCUAGAGAACUAUCGGCGGGCCUGUGACAAUGGACGAGGAGCUAUCUUGCUGUCGGUCGCGCGAGGCAAGGUCUCCGAGGGCAUCGACUUUGACCAUAAUUACGGCCGCGCAGUGGUCAUGUUCGGUGUGCCAUAUCAAUAUACCGAAUCGCGUAUUCUCAAAGCGCGUCUCGAAUUUCUACGGGAUAAUUUCCGGAUCAAAGAGAAUGAUUUCCUGACGUUCGACGCGAUGAGACAUGCAGCCCAAUGUGUGGGACGAGUCCUUCGCGGCAAGUCCGACUAUGGUCUAAUGGUCUUUGCGGACAAGCGCUUUGCGCGCUCGGACAAACGAGCGAAGUUGCCCAAGUGGAUCGCACAGUACAUUGAGCCUGUCUUUAGUAAUUUGUCGACGGACAUGGCGAUUGUGGAAAGCAAGCGAUUCAUGCGCACCAUGGGGCAGCCGGUGCCCGAGGGCAAGAAUGGUAUCAGUCUAUGGGACGUCGAAGAUAUUGAACGUCGUCAGCAGAAAGAGAAAGAGGCCUUCGAAAAGCUCAUGCUAGCUGAGAGCGAUGCGUGGGUAGAGAAACAUCAACAGCAAGACGCCUCUCAAGAGCCGCAUGCCCUGGCCGACGAGUUUGACGAAGAGUUUGGUACGGGCGCGGAGCUAGCUCAGGUGGCCGCGCCUUAA